GCUACUUUCCUAAUGUCAUUGGACCUUAUGUGUGUUGCAUUCCCCCAUUUCAAUGGUAGGUUCUUGCUGAUGUCUUAGAGAGGACGUAUGAUGAUGGAGCUGGUGUAUCUGAAGCCACGGAGGUAGGCCUAUCGUGAACAUUCCCAUAUCGAGCUUCUUAUCUAAAUUCAGAUACAAUCACGCAUCAUGAUUACUGCGUACAGUAUCAGUAUUUGUCCAUUCUUUUGUUCAGAACUGUGACGCCAGCUGCCAAGUUGACCUCCCUCUGAAAAAAACAUCCACUAAAAGCACUACUGUCACUGCCAAGCCUAAGGUCAAAGAAAUGGGUACUCAAACAUGUCCUGGCCACUAUACUGCCGAUGCUUGUAAUCAGACCGAUAGGCCUAAUGCAGUUUCCUCCAGUGCCAAUUCAGACCUAGAUGUUGACAGUGAGACUGAGGCCGAGGAAGAUCCAGAUGAUCCAGACUAUGUGAUGUCGGAUAUGAUGUCGGAUGACUCCAUGGACGAAGAGGACGAAACAACAGACCACCACCAUGACCACUCACCAGACAACUGCUCCCAGGGUCAGGACCAUCGAAUCUACUUGGUAUUUUGGUUAGCUGUUCUACAACUCAUCAGCAUUUGGGGAAGUUGCCCUUCCUGUGCAAGCAGAAGGCUUAUCUGCACCAGAAAGGAGUCGGGGACGCUGCUGAAGCUGACAAUAAGAUGUGCCGACUGCCAUCAUGGGGGCACUUGGGACAGUCAACCCUACUACGGCAGACUGGCUGCAGGGAACAUUCUGCUCUCCUCAGGCAUACUUUUUGCCGGAGCAACAGCAACCAAAGUGCUGAGAGUACUCACACACAUGGGAACUGCUGUCAUGAGUAUCCGUACAUUUUUUCGCCACCAAAAACUGUUUCUACACCGGGCAGUAAUGCAACUGUGGAGGGAGAGGCAGUUGUGGAUGCUGGCCAGCUUACAGGCAGAGGAUGGUGGAAUAGUGUGUGGUGGGGAUGGCCGAGCUGACUCCCCAGGACAUUCAGCCAAAUACGGCACGUACACCAUGAUGGAGCUAAGGAAGAAGGCUGUGAUUGACAUACAGGUUGUACAGAGUAAUGAGGUUGGUAGUAGCUACCAUAUGGAACAGGAAGGCUUGACUAGAUCUUUGGAUCGAAUCCUAACGUUUGUUCCCAUCGACACCCUCAUCACCGACCGACACAUCUCAAUAAAUAAAUACAUCAGAGUUCAUCACCCUGACAUCAAACAUCUCUUUGACAUUUGGCAUGUAGCUAAAGGUCUAAAGAAAAAGCUUCAGGCAUCUGCACAGCUGAAGGGGUGCCAGGCCUUGACCGGGUGGAUUGGCAGCAUCACCAACCAUCUAUACUGGUGUGUUGUGUCAUCCCCUCCACACGACAGUGAGCUGGUGCUGGACAAGUGGAAGUCCAUGAUUUACCAAUCCAGAACACACACCAUGGUUUCCCUGGCCGCUUCAGCAGAUGUCUGCAUGCACAACUUGAUGAGAAAGAUUGGCUUCAACCAUGUACAAGAGCUGCUGUGGAACUGGAAAGGAUAGUAUUGAACCCAAGACUAUGCAAUGACAUCGUACGUCUAUCGCCCGCAUACCAGACAUCGACCAUUGAGGCCUUCCAUAGCUUGUUGAAUCAUUUUGCUCCAAAGAUGACAUGCUUCUCCUUCACUGGAAUGGAAUGCAGGUAAAUAAUAUGUGAGGAAGGGGGAUUACGUCUUUGGACUAUCAAGUGAGAGGUCUUGUUAAGAAUUUACUAACCGGCCCCUGCCAUGGUCAACCGGUAGCUCACUAGUCUACCAUCCGGCCCAGGGCCUUUGCCGACCCCUCCCCGUCUCUCUCCCCAUUCGCUUCAUGUCCACCUCUCACACUGUCCUGUCGAAAAAGACACAAAAAAAAAAACUUUAAGAAAAAAAAGGAUUGACUAACCAUAUCACUUUUUUUCCAGGACAGCUCUCGCCGCACUUCAUUUCAAUGAGAAUGCUCAUCGGGCACGAGCUGUAACAGCUGAUGGGGUACCGAUGUAUGGUGUUCAUUACCCAAAAUAUAAAAAGGGAGGCCACAUUGUAAGAAAAGUCUCUGAGGAUACAACCUAUGUUUAUGUGGGUGAGCUUCUGAAAAUUGUCCAGAGUCUCUGUGAAGACCAUGACUCAGGGGAAGGGGAAGACGACUCACACUGCAGACCACCACUGUGCUCAGCGUUCGAAAGACCAGACAAAGAGUUGGCCAUCCAAAGUCACAGAACAAGGUUCCAAUAAAUGCAAAUAAAGAGAACCAUAACCUAAUUUCUUCAUGUGGGAUCAGU